AUUUUUGAGUGUCAGACGAGGUAUUUGUGAGAUAUCCAGUUAAAAAUGGAAAGCGACGAGGAAGACACGCCGACGUCUUUUCGGUUGUUUUUUUUUUUCGCAAAAGUUGUGGUGUUGAAAACUAAAGGACUCUAGAGAGAAUGGUGCAGAGGAUAGUAUAUGAUUUUCUUGAAUAAAAGUAAACCUGGGAGGUCGCUGCCCAAGCUCAGCAGCCAGGAAGAGGACGGGCACACCCCCCACACCCAAUUCACUGGUGUAGCCCAUUUCGAGCCCAUCCCACAUGACCACGAUUUUUGUGAGAGGGUUGUAAUAAACGUCAGCGGCCUCCGGUUCGAGACACAACUGAGGACGCUUAACCAAUUUCCCGAUACUCUACUGGGUGAUCCAGCACGUCGUAUCCGUUAUUUCGACCCUCUACGAAAUGAAUACUUCUUUGACAGAAAUCGCCCCUCCUUCGACGCCAUCCUUUACUAUUACCAGAGCGGGGGCCGGUUACGAAGGCCGGUCAACGUCCCGCUCGACGUAUUUUCCGAAGAAAUCAAAUUCUACGAACUGGGGGAGUUGGCCAUCAACAAGUUUCGGGAAGAUGAAGGAUUUAUCAAGGAAGAGGAGAAACCAUUGCCAUCGCACGAGUUCCAGCGCAACGUAUGGCUGUUGUUCGAGUACCCAGAAUCGUCGCAGGCGGCGAGGGUGGUUGCUAUCAUAUCAGUUUUCGUCAUUCUGCUGUCCAUCGUCAUAUUCUGCCUGGAGACUCUGCCCGAAUUCAAGCACUACAAAGUGUUCAAUACCACCACCAACGGCACCAAGAUAGAAGAGGACGAAGUGCCCGACAUAACGGACCCGUUCUUCCUCAUCGAGACCAUAUGCAUCAUUUGGUUUACGUUCGAGUUAUCCGUGCGCUUCCUGGCGUGUCCCAAUAAGUUACAUUUUUUUCGAGACGUCAUGAACUUUAUCGAUAUUAUCGCCAUCAUUCCGUAUUUUAUUACUUUGGCCACUGUCGUGGCGGAAGAAGAAGAUACUUUAAAUCUGCCGCGUGCGCCUGUCAGUCCGCAAGACAAGAGCACCAACCAGGCCAUGUCGUUGGCCAUCUUACGUGUCAUUCGGCUUGUGCGAGUCUUCCGAAUUUUCAAACUCAGCCGGCACAGCAAAGGUCUUCAGAUCCUCGGACGAACACUCAAGGCCAGCAUGCGCGAAUUGGGCUUGCUCAUAUUCUUUUUGUUUAUAGGUGUCGUGCUGUUCUCUAGUGCUGUCUACUUCGCAGAAGCCGGUUCCGAGAAUUCCUUCUUCAAGUCUAUCCCAGACGCGUUCUGGUGGGCAGUGGUCACCAUGACGACCGUGGGCUACGGCGACAUGACGCCAGUCGGAGUCUGGGGGAAGAUCGUGGGCUCGCUAUGUGCGAUUGCUGGUGUCCUGACCAUUGCAUUGCCAGUGCCUGUUAUAGUGUCAAAUUUCAAUUAUUUCUACCAUCGUGAAACGGAUCAGGAGGAAAUGCAAUCACAGAACUUCAACCACGUGACGAGUUGCCCGUACUUGCCAGGCACCUUAGGACAGCACAUGAAGAAGAGUUCUUUAAGCGAGUCUUCGAGUGACUUGGUUGAACUGGAAGAGGGACUGAUGGUGACGCGUGAUCAGCUUUCUCAAAAACAGAAUUGCAAUCCGCGUCACAAUAACAACAUUAACGCCAUGAGCAUCGAGACUGAUGUUUGACUACGAGUGACGGAUGCGCUGCGCAUACGACCGCCGAUGAUUCUUCCCCGCUGCCCACUUUGCUGUCCCCUGCGUGAUAUUCGUCUUUCUCCUCCGACGAGAUCUUCUGCAUCAGAAGCCAAAGCGACUGCGACUGCGUCUAAAACACCAAAUAGAAGAAGAAGGAAAAGAAGAAGAAGGCGCCGAAGGAGGAGAAGGAAGAGGAGACGAGGAGGAGGAAGAGGAGUAGAAAUAGAAACAACCGUGCCAUCACCUUCAAGAGUCACUUAUCGCGAGUGUCUGUGCGUAGUGAUCCGUACAUUUUUCGGACUGUUACAUGAAAUUCCUAGAACCUUUAUUCGGUACUUUUGUACAACCAUUACGAUUGUUUUUGGGUGAGAUAUCCUGCCAAAAAAUAUUACAUAAUUACAUAAUAAAUACCUAUAGAUAAUAAAUAAAUUUUAAUGAUAACGAUUGAGUAACAACACCAUUGGCUGCCGAUGACCGUUUGCGUUCUAUACAGACCUGAUUUACCAAACUAAAUGUGCAUAUUUUACAUUAUAUGCAGUUAUUGAAUUAAUUGCUAGUUUCUUUGUAUUUGUUAAACAAAAUUUCCAUAUUAUUUACUAAAGCUUGUAAUAAAACCUUUUUCUCUGCAAGUCAAUCAUCAAAAUUCUUUUGUAUGUAAACUACAUCCACGAUAUUCUGGAACAUAUUAUUUUGACCAAUUAAAUACUCCGUGUCUCUUGCCCAUAAUUGUUUCUUUGGUCAUUGUUACUAAAAAUUUCUAUUGGCGUCACUAUCUCUUCGGUACUGAAUUACAAAAUAACAAGAACUCACUAUAGUUACUACUUCAGUAGAGCGGAAGAUGCUAUUUUCUAAAAGUGAAACAAUAAAAAUAUUGAUAUCCCAUAGAGAAAGAACAGAUAAUUUUAGUUCAAAGAGGAAUUGACUUUAUGAGGAGUAGAACACAAUUGAACAAUAUUUCAAAUUUUAUAAUACCGUAUGUUAGGAACGGUUCUGGUCAUUAAAUUUUUCCAUUUUACACGAAAUUUAAUUAGACAUUUUUCCGAAUGGUUUUUCUUGAUAUAUGCUUUCUUGGUCAUCGUUUAGUUCUUCUUUCGUCAACGGGUUCUUUAAGUGAAUAAAGACCAUAUAGGAAAUAACUGGUUAUGAAAUCACUAGAUUUAUUUGAUUUAGGCGAUACUAUGUGGUUUAGUUAGGACACUACUUGUUAUAAAAUAUAAUGCAAUGCAAAAUGGCAUGAACAAAAUAAUACUACGAUCGCUUCCUUUGCUGAUGACGUAGCAAUACUAGCUGUAGAUGAAGAUCCCAUACAAGCCUCACAAGACCUGCGACACCAUCUGGACAUACUCGCAGUGAAUGGUACACAAAAUGGCGAACAAAAGUAAAAAAACAAAAUCAUCUCAAAUAACGUUUACCAGCCGCCACAACACAUGCCCACCUGUAAGAAUGGAAAAUGUACGAAUACCAACAGUAACAGAUACUAAAUACCUUGGCCUCCAUCUUGACCAACGUCUUACUUGGAAGAAACUUUUCCAGACCAAAAGAAGACAGCUAAACUUGAAAUUCCGGCAAAAGUAUUGGCUCCUUGGACGUAGAUCAAAACUCAACAUCCAAAACAAAAUUCUUCUGUACAAAGCAAUACUCAAACCUAUUUGGUACUACGGACUACACCUCUGGGGCGGUACAAAGUCAACAUCACUGAAUAUCAUCCAAAGAUUUCAGUCUAAAGUUCUAAGAUCAAUAGUUAAUGCACCAUGGUACGUAAGUAAUCAAACACUUCACAAAGACUUAAAUAUACCUUUCAUCAGAGAAGAAAUCCAUCAAGCCACGGAGUCACAAAAUGAGCGUACCAUUCACCAUGAAAAUUAGUUAGUAAGGGAAUAAUUCCAUAAUGGCCCUGCCACAAGGAGACUAGGUAGAACCUGGCCUCAGGACCUAUUUUAAAACUUACAGAUAAAUAGAAUAAGAUGAGACAUCAUUGGAAGUCUCUUCUUCAUGCCCAAAAACAUGGAACAAGUUUACUUAAUACUCUUUUAAUGAUGUAGAUUUUAUAUAAACAUAUUUACAUAAAAAAAUAGCAGGAACAUGCAGUCCAGGACGAAGAGAGCCUUCAUGGUUGAAGAACAUGCGAGACUGGUAUGGUAUUAAUAGAAGCAUGCUAUUUAGACUGGCAGCGAAUAAAACUAAGAUUGCUAUGACAGUUGAACUUUAUGGGAAGAA